AUGGACGUUCUUUCCUGCUCAUUGAAGGAAUUGGAAGACGCAGAAAAUGAGAUUCUAGGCGAGUUGAGCGUUCUAGAGAACCAGGCGCUGGAACACCUACGAGGAGCAACAGCACUCGCGGACACCAACGGAGAUAGAAGCGGCGACGUUAACCUCUUCAGGCUCGGCAGCCUCGACAGGGCGGACUCCCCAGUCGUCGACAGCUUCAGCGUGGCAAGUGGGAGUUUCGGGACUCAGUCGCUGGGAAGACUUGAUUCGGGAGUGAGCAGAGCGAUUUCACUGGGCGAAACCCAAGAAACGGGCACAAACAGGAACGCCAACAGGGCCGCGAGCAUGACGUUCAGCAGCGGCAGGAGCUCCAUCGGCCUCGGAGACAACUUUUACAGGAUAGAGUCAUUCGGAAACAGACUGAAGACGAUAGCGAACGAGAGCGACUGCGUGCUGAACAAGCUGAAGUGCGCAGUGAGCAUAGUGGAGUGUGCGAGCGUGCUGUACCAGUCGGCGUCAAAGCUGCUUAGCUUGUGGGACACCAGUAAAUCGAUGGAACUGCUAUUUGAGCAGGUUGGCAGGUACGUUGAGCAGGUGGAGUUGGCGAAGAAGAACGGAUACUGGAACGAGGCACUAAUAGUUAUCACCAAGGGCCACAUAGGCCAGGUGAUAGCAAGUUUGAAGUGGGCAGUGCUAAGGUACUUGAGAGUUGCAGACAGGCCGAAGAUGCUGACGAGGCUGGCAGUGUGCCUCGGCUCAGAGACGGAAGUGUUCAAGUGUUACCUGAGUGCAAUAAGGGCAGAGUUCCCUCAAACCACCUCCGCUUCCAAUGCCGCUGGCAUUGGAAGUGGCAGUGGUACGAGUGGCUUGACUAAAAUGACUGCAGGGAGUGAAGUCAAGACGCUGAAAAGUGCAUUGAAAAGGGCGAGAAACGCGCUCAUAUACCAGGCCAACGUGGUUCUGAGUGAGUUGGGAGGAGGCUACUACAUACAAAUAUGCAGAGAAAUACACGAACACGUGUCCGUGGAGGUGGCGGCCAUGUUUGUGGAGUUCGUGAAGCUGCACUUCACGGCAGUCCUACCGUCAGGUGCAGCAGCUGGUGGAGCGGUUGACAGCGGCGACAACGCUAUCGGCACCAGUGGAAUUGACAAUGUUACUCUCUACAGCACGAGUGGUGCCUACGGCGGCACAGUUAACACUCAGGGCUGUGUCACGAAUGCACACGGUGCUGCUGCUGCUCAUAGUAACAUUGCUACCAGUAGCACCAGUUACCACGGCGGUAUGGGUGCUACCACCAAUAAUCAUCCAAAUAGCCCAAACAGUGCUUCAAAUAGCUUCAACAGUGCUCCAAAUAGCUUCAACAGUGCUCCAAAUAGCUUCAACAGUGCUUCAAAUGGCGCAGUGAAAACGGCAUUAACAACGUCUGCGGCAGCUACAGCACAGGUGGCGGCAACAACGAGUUAUAACGCCUCAGGCGUGUCCAAUCGAGCCGGGUCCUUUCAUGGUGUCACCAGUGGUAGCACCAGCAGCAACAGCGCCUCUUAUUCAACAAAUGGCCCGACAAGUUCAGCCAAUGAAGCACAUUUGGCCACAAACACAGCCCUAAAUCACCGGGACAACGCCACCAGUAGCCACAACAGUUUGGAGAGCGAAGCGCUGCUGAGUCGACUAAAAAGAGCCUUGGAGGACGCGAAUGUUGUGGAAACUGUAGUCGCAGACUCGAAGUACCAGACGGUGCUGGACACCAUAGCAAUGAUGGCCUCGCUGUGGAGUGACUUCGAGUCGGCACUGAGGGACUCGACAAGGCCACCACUUGCCCACCCGCCACUCACUAAUAACACUUACGGCACUGACGGGCUCGUCACCCUAAGUCUGGCCACGAAGACACUCCAGUCACUGUUGAGCGCCUACGUGCAGCUGCAGCACGUGUUCAUCCUAAAGUACGUCAAGCAGGCGAUUCAAGUCGACGCAAUCUACCAGUCGGUUAGCACUCUGGUCGACGACGUGUUCUUCAUACUGCAGAAGUCGCAGCAGAGGUCAAUCGGAACCGGUGACCUUCAGACGGCAUGCGCGACGUUCAACCAGACGUCAGCGAUUAUCGGGGGUGAGCUAAAAACAGCACUUGUUGGCAACCUCGUGGAAAGCAGAUCGUUAUACGAGCGAUGGGCCCAGAAGUUGGACAAUCUGAGCAGCUCAUCAGUUCAAACAAUGCUCGAAGAUCACUUGAAGAAAACACGAGGCUCCAUUCCAGACUCGAUUGGUUCAAAGCACAGCUUUGUCCACAGCUUGAACAACGUCGAGGAGUGCCUAGGUCUGUUGGAAAAAUUCAAGCAGGAGAUGAGUGAAUCCUUUGCCGACCGCUUUUUCAAGGAAAAACAACAACAGAACCUUCUGAUCGACAACACCAUACAAACGCUGGACUCAGUGGCGAGUGAGCUUGAGGAGAUACUGAACACGUGCUGCGAGUACGUUUUCAACAUCCUGAAGGACCACUUGAACGACCCACUGCUCAAGUUCGGCGCAGUCGACUUUGAAAUGGACGACGAAAAGUACUCACGUUCACAGAACGAUGAGUCUUUUGCCGAUCAACUAGUAUCAGUAUUAAACGUAAUCCUUGGACACCUGGACACAAACUACACACCGAAGGUCGCUCUCAAGUGCAUGACUAACUUGGUUGAGAAGCUCUCCAAGUAUCUGGAAACAGCUACUCUCAGUAAGAGGUUUACCAUUUAUGGCGCAGUCUACUUUGACACUGCCAUUAGGUCGCUCGUCUACGCGUGUUCCAGCUACAACCAGGAGAUUCGCAGGCAGUUUACCGCCUUGCUUCAAAUAUCGGACGUGCUGAACGUCAAUAACCGCGACGACCUAAUGCUACUGAAAGGUAUCCCUGGCUACAGUUACCGCCUUUCUUAA